CCGUGACAGCGCGGCUGGACCCAGCCGGGUCGCACGGAGACCGUGCGAACCAGGCUUAACCAAACCGAGCCGUGCCGAACCGAGCCGUGCCGAACCGAACCGGACCGUGCUAGGCCGAGCCGAGCCGAGCCGCACCGCACACCUCCGCCCGGCUCGCACCGCCGAACCGAGCCGAGCCGAGCCGUGCCCAUCCCAUCCGAGCCGAGCCGAACCGUGCCCAUCCCACCCCAUCCGAGCCGAGCCGAGCCGUGCCGGUGGGAGCCCCCCGGGCCUGGCAGCGCUGCCCGGCGCCGCCUGCACGGGCAGGGCUCUCUCCGCCUGACGCAGUGAGGAGCUGCAGCCCUUCUCUUCUCGGAAGCCGGCUCCAGCGUUGGGAUUUGCUCGGCUCCGGCUGCGUUUCCCUGCCCGCCUCCUGCCCCCGGUCCGCCCGCCUGGAAGGGCGCGGAGAGCCGCAGCCGCGGGUGCGCCCGCCGCCCGUCACCGCGCCUCGGGGCUGGGCGCGCCGCCGGGAGCCGGGAGCCGCUGCCGAAGCAGCUCCAACUAUGAUCAGUGCAUAAAUCUACCUGCAACACAGGAUGUUGGAAAAUUACCGAGAGACAGCAAUGGCCUCCCCGCUGCUUGGUGAGAAAGGAAGGAUGCACCUUCAGUUCAAAUACUGGGCUUGGUGACCAUCUCGUGGGAUCCCGAAUGCUGUGUCCAGUGUGCCUCCCAGCCCCUGCAGACAACAACUAGGAGACGUUCAUGACUGUAGCACGAACCAGCAGCGACACACAGGUGCAAAGGUGAGCCGAGAGAUCGAGCUGGGACAGCCAGACCUACGGAGGCACAUGGAGAUGGGGACCAGUGUCACGAUGGGCAGCAAAAAGAAAACGAGGAGAGGUACUAUAAGAAGUGAGAGGAAGGCUUGUCUCUAAGCCAGAGGGACUCCUCCGCCCGGGCACCUACCUUCAUGACUCCCUCCCCGAGAUGCCAGAGACCUGGUGAUGUGGGACCAGCCUCAGCCACCCAGGCCUUGGUAGUAGCCCCCGGCCGGUGGCUGCCGAGUACCGUGGGCACCGAGGUCUGCUUUCUCCACGGAUGCUUCCCCCCCGUCUCCAAGCCAUGAGGAGAAGGGAGAGGCGAGCGAAGCUGCUGAAGAAGCACUAGCCCACGUCUUCCCGGCCCCUGUCCCGCUCCCCGCUUCUGGCAGACCAGGAACCCCUUCUCCGCGCCACCCUUCCAGAUGGCAGGUCGCCGGUGGGCCGCGACGUCAGCCCUCUGCAUGUGCGUGGCAGCCGUCUCUCUCCUGCACGCUGGCGGGGUGCGGGCAGACUGCUGGCUCAUCGAGGGGGACAAGGGCUUCGUCUGGUUGGCCAUCUGCAGCCAAAACCAGCCCCCCUACGAGUCCAUCCCCCAGCAAAUCAACAGCACCAUUGUGGACUUGCGGCUGAACGACAACAAGAUCAAGAGCGUGCAGUACGCCUCGCUCAGCCGCUUCGGCAACCUGACAUACCUCAACCUGACGAAGAACGAGAUCUCCUACAUCGAGGACGGUGCCUUUUCAGGACAGUUCAACCUCCAGGUGCUGCAGCUGGGUUACAACCGACUGAGGAACCUCACCGAGGGCAUCCUCCGGGGCCUGGGGAAGCUGGAGUACCUCUAUCUCCAGGCCAACCUCAUCGAGUCCGUCACCCCCAAUGCCUUCUGGGAGUGCCCCAACAUAGUGAACAUUGACCUGUCCAUGAACAGGAUCCAGAGACUCGACAGCAACACUUUUCGGGGCCUAAACAAGCUUUCUGUCUGUGAACUCUACAGUAACCCCUUCUACUGCUCCUGCGAGCUCCUUGGCUUCCUGCAAUGGCUGGAGGCUUUCACCAACAUGACACGCACGUAUGACCGGAUGCAGUGCGACUCCCCACCCGACUACAUGGGCUACUACUUGUUAGGCCAAGGCCGGACCGGCUACCGCAAUGCGCUGAGCAUGCUCUCUUCCCUUUGCACCGGCGGCUCCUACACUGUGAUCCCUCGUUUUAUCCCUCCCAGGUACCAGGUGACCACGGUGCCCUCCGAAAGCCCCUGCUCCGAGGAGGAGUGCUCCUCCGGCGAUGGCACGACCCCGCAGUUCUCCCUCUUCACUCCCAUCGGUGAAACAGAGGUGCGCCCCAACAUCCAGGUGAAGCACCUCAACCACAACUCAGCCGUCCUCACCGUGCAGAUUCCCUACCCAUUCAGCAAGAUGUACAUCCUCUCCCAGUUUGAAAACGGCUUCUCCUCCAUGAUCACCAAGCUCAGGAAGAAGGAGGAGAACAUCACCGUGAGCAACCUAGUAGCACAAAGAGAUUACACCUACUGUGUAGUCUCUGUCCACCAAUACUCGAAGUACAACCACACCUGCGUCACCAUCACACCCACCAGACCCAACCGCAAGGAGCCAGUGCCCACCCCUUCCACUGCCACUCAUUAUAUCAUGACAAUCCUGGGCUGUCUCUUUGGCAUGGUGAUUGUCCUGGGCGUUGUGUAUUACUGUCUCCGGAAGAGGCGCCAGCAGGAGGAGAAGCACAAAAAGGCUGCCGGCAGCAUGAAGAAGACCAUCAUUGAGCUGAAAUACGGGCCAGAAAUGGAGACCACCAGCAUCACCCAGCUGUCCCAGGGACAGAUGCUGGGCGGGGAGACAGUGACCCGCAUCCCCUACCUGCCUUCUGCUGGCGAGGUUGAGCAGUACAAGCUGAUUGACAGCAGUGAGACCCCCAAGGCCACCAAGGGCAACUACAUGGAGGUGAGGACGGGUGAGCAGCCCGAGAGGCGAGACUGCGAGCUGUCCCUGCCGCCAGACACCCAGAGCUCUGUGGCUGAGAUCUCCACCAUUGCCAAGGAGGUGGACAAGGUGAACCAGAUCAUCAACAACUGCAUCGAUGCCUUGAAAUCUGAGUCCACCUCCUUCCAAGGGGUGAAGUCGGGGGCAGUCUCCACGGUGGAGCCUCAGCUGGUGCUCUUAUCAGAGCAGAUCCCCAGCAAGCACGGAUUUCUCUCCCCCGUCUACAAGGAAAGCUACAACCACCCUCUCCAGCGACACCACAGCAUGGAGGCGGCCCCCAAACGCUCCAGCACCUCUUCCAGUGGCUCCAUACGGAGCCCCAGGUCCUACCGCUCCGAGGGAUCGGGCCACAAAUCAGAAGCCAAAUACAUCGAGAAGACAUCCCCCACCACUGACACCAUCCUCACUGUGACACCGGCCGCGGCCAUCCUGCGGGCGGAGGCGGAGAAGAUCCGUCAGUACAGCGAACACCGGCACUCGUACCCCAGCUCGCACCAAGGGGAGCAGCACGACAGCAUGGCAGGGCGAAAGCCCUCCAUCCUGGAGCCUCUGACCCGUCCUCGCCCCAGAGACCUGGCCUAUUCCCAGCUCUCGCCUCAAUAUCACAACCUGAGCUACACCUCCAGCCCAGAGUACACCUGCAAACCAUCGCACAGCAUCUGGGAGCGCUUCAAACUCAACCGCAAGCGGCACAAAGACGAGGAGGAGUAUAUGGCAGCCGGCCAUGCCCUACGCAAAAAGGUCCAGUUUGCCAAAGACGAGGAUCUUCAUGACAUCUUAGACUACUGGAAGGGCGUCUCUGCCCAGCAAAAGUCCUGAGUCCUCACACAACUCGUGACUUAACACACUAACUGGACCAAAAGAAAUCUGCAGCAGCUAUUUUUAUUUAGACUGUCUUUGAAACAAAAUAAAAUUUAAAAAAAAAAUCAAUAAAAAUAAAAGAGAGAACAAAUUAUGAAAAUCUAUAAAUAUUCUAUAUAAUAUAUAAAAUGAGAUAUUAAAAUGUCCUCACACUGGUGAGACGCACCAAAUUUGAACACAAACUUUACAAAAGAAACAAACUGUGGAGUGAAAAAAAAAAAAAGGUUUUGUUUCAUUUCAAUUUUUUUUAAAAAAAUAAGAAAAAAGAAAAAAUUGAAUAUAAAAAGAAAGUGAAAGAGUGGGCAGAGAGCUGAGGUCUGGCGUUUCCCGAUAUUGCAUUGCAUGAGUCCCUAUUCCGUGAUUUUGUGGAUUCUUUGUGAACAGUUUGUGUUCUUCCUUCCUUCCCUUCCAAAAUCAACAGCAACAAAAACAGCAACAAAAACCAAAAAGAGACCAGAAGGAGAUCCAUCCUUUGGGCUGUUUUUGCAAACGGAGUCUUCCAGUUUAGACUUUUACCCGGUUGAAGGCCCGUUCACAUUUUCACUCACUGAGAGGUUUUACCACACAUUGCAUUGUAAACCGAAGUCGUUAAUUGUACAGAGAAAAUUUCUAUAUUUGCAAUGUUUGCUGUAUAAUGAGAAAGAGAGAGGAGAAAAAAAAAAACAAUACUACAUCUACUAAAAAAUAUAUAUAUAUAUAUCUAU